UGGCAAGUUAUUGUUUCGGUCUAUGAUUAUCUGAGUACAUUUCUGCAAUUAUGUCUUCUCCUGGUAAGAUGGGGGCAGUUUCAAGGUCAGCAAGAAGACUUUCACGAACAAAAAGCAAGAAAAAACAUUUUGUACAUCAAAAAGUGGAAGUAUUCUGGGCGAGCGAUCCCAUCUUGACUGUGUUUAUGUGGGGCAUCAAUCACACGAUAAACGACCUCUUUCAAGUGCCUAUGCCAGUAAUGCUACUUCCAGAUGACUUCAAAGCCAACAUAAAAAUGAAAGUCAACAACCAUUUAUUCAACAAGGAAAACCUCCCUGGACAUUUUAAGUUUAAGGAGUACUGCCCACUGGUGUUCCGGAAUCUGCGAGAGCGAUUUGGAGUUGAACAUCAGGAUUAUCUGGUUUCUCUUACACGUAGUCCUCCAGGAAAGGAUGGCAAGUGUCAGGAAGCGGGAUUGGUGUUGACAUCAUAUGACCGUACACUAAUUGUCAAGCAAAUCUCUAGUGAGGAGGUGGAGGACAUGCACAACAUUCUUUCAGAAUACCACCAGCACAUCGUAAAGUGCCAUGGUAGUGCACUACUUCCUCAGUUCCUUGGCUUGUACCGUGUUACUGUGGACAAUGAAGACACAUACCUUUUAGUCAUGAGGAAUAUGUUCAGCCACCGACUAACUGUCCACAGGAAAUAUGACCUCAAGGGGUCAUUGGUUUUUCGAGAAGCAAGUGAUAAAGAGAAGGUAAAGGAACUGCCAACCUUCAAGGAUGUAGAUUUCAGAAAUAACAUGCAGCGGGUGUACAUCAGUGAAGAGGAGAAAGAAAAGCUUUUGGAUAAACUGAACAGGGACAUAGAGUUUCUUGUGCGUUUGAAGAUCAUGGACUACAGCCUGCUGCUGGGCAUUCAUGAUGUCGGGAGGGCAGAGCAAGAGGAAGCGGAAGAAAUUAAGGACUCUUUAAGUGAAGAGGAGGAGGAUUCAGCGAAUGACCUAUCCCUUACAGCUGUGGGGUCUUUUGGCACUUCCCCUGAGGGCAUUGCAGGGUACAUGAGCUCUUAUAAACCUCUUGGUCCAGGAGAGUUUGACCCUUAUGUUGAUGUGUAUGCCAUCCAGAGCGCAGUUGGUGCCCCACAUAGAGAGGUAUACUUCAUGGGUCUAAUAAACAUUCUGAGCCAGUAUACAAAGAAGAAAGCAGCCCAUGCAGCAAAAACAGUCAAGCAUGGAGCUGGGGCUGAGAUCUCUACAGUUCAUCCUGAACAAUACGCCAAGCGGUUUCGAGAAUUCAUUGCAAACAUCUUUGCCUAAUUGAGAGCAUUAUAUUCUUCCAAAUC